AUGCCUCAGCCCAAUAAGUCCCAGAGCCCACCACACCUGCGAUCUCUUUCUUCGCAGGGGUCGAUUACGGGCUUGCCCUCCGACUAUACGCCUAUGCGUUACCAGUCAUUCUUCUUCUCCAAUGUUUCUGCCCGGCGAAUCGGCUCCUCUCAACGUGCUCGACCGGUCGCGACUUCUAUAGCGGAUAUAUUUGUCCGCUCAUUGGUGGUAGCUGGCUACUGUCACAAACAUUCUCCUCGAAGCAGGGCAAUUAGCACAACAUCUGCCAAAGCUUCGCGGGGAUUGACGGGGGAUUGGGAGGACAGGGGCCUGGGGAGAAGCCGCAGGCGGACCCUGGCCAAACAUCCACCGGGUUUUAUGACCCAAAUUGAGAAUUUAGGAGUACGUCGAUCAAAAACACAACGCAUAUUCAGUUCUACUGUCGCACAGCGGGUGGAGAUCUAUGAUUCGCAAGACCAUCGGAUACAUCAAACAUCCACACGCCAUUCUUCCCGCAGCACACCCGUUAACUACGCGAGGCCGAGCAAUACAGCCUGCACCGAAAAUGCUUCUCGACCACUGCAGCGCGAAGGAACAAAUUCCGGCCGAUCACACGGUAGCAUUGUCCCUCAUGAGGAUUGGGAGCGCGUCAAGAGUCGCGGCCCAGCACACGAGGUGGCCCACAAGCAAGAAACCUCAUGGCUUACAGACAGGGAAAAGAGCUACAAGAGCUCCGCGAAGGAAUUAUAUGAGCAGACGUCCGAGAUAUACCAGGAAUUGUUAGGAGAUCAGGCCUGGAGGGAGGCUGCCGACGCUGCUGCCGCGUUUGAACAUUUUCCAGCACAGUUCGAUGAUACGAAAAGUUCUGAUGAUCUCAAUUCCGUCCGAAAACUAGAAGAACAUCUUGGGGAUAAGACAAAGGCGAAUCAUUACAUAUUUACGCUUUACAGAGAACUUCCUUCUCCUGGGGUGAGGCAUCUCUCAAAGCGGUCCCGCGGUCUGCUUCUACGCAGGUUCGCCGAUCCUCCAGGCCGUCGUUGGGUUGAUGCUAGACGUUAUUUAGCAUUGGUGGAAGAUAUGUUGGCUGCCGGCCUUCCACUAUCUCGGUCACUUUGGUCCUCCGCUAUCCACCUGGCAGGUCGAUCGACGGGCAAGGUGACUAAAUUCGACUUGGUGCGGGCGGUUGGCAUAUGGAAUCAAAUGGAGCAUUUGGCAGGAAUCAGAUCAGACAGCGUCGUCUUCACAAUUUUAUUCGAUAUAGCUGCCAAAGCAGGCCAAUUCACCGUCGCCGAGCGCUUAAUAAAAGAAAUGGAGAGAAGGCAGAUAAAGUUUGGUCGCGCCGGGAAGGUCACCAAUAUCUUCUAUAAUGGUUUAUUGGGGGAUGUUGAUGGUGUUUGUCGGGCUUUUGACGAGUUUGUGGAAAGCGGAGAGAUAGUCGAUACUGCGGUGAUGAACUGUCUUAUGACAUCCUUUCUCAAAGCUGGCGAAACAGAAUCUGCGAUGCAGAUCUACCAGCAACUAUUACAGAAUCAGCCCACUACGAAUCUCGCGCGACAGAACCUCACAUCGGAGCUCAUUGCUUAUCGGAAAAGCUCUAAGAAACUGGGUCGCGUGCUGCAGGCCUCGGCGUCUCUGAAAGGCCGUCUCCCACAACACCACCAGGCCCUUCAAGAAGCCCUCGUGGUAGGCCCUGAUACGAGGACCUUCCAUAUACUGCUUAGUCACCAUGCCUACAAAUCUGGGGAUCUGGGAGCGUUUGAGUCCGUUCUCGAGGAUAUGGAGAAGGUCUUUCCUGUACCACCACGUGGCAUGAUCUACUUGCUGCUUUUUGAGGGAUUCGCUCGCCAUGGGCGACAUAAGAGAGGCUGGACUGCAGAAAAGCUGCGGAUGGCCUGGAGAGCCUAUCUUCGGGCACUCUAUGAAUCCAAGACUAGAAUCCAGCAUCGAUCAUUUGCUUUACCCCCAUCUUUUGUAUGGGAGAACCCGCUGAGAGACGAUGGCGCAACAGCCCCACCUGUUUUGGUGGACAGUUCUAUCGAAUUAUACACACCCUUGCCGAUCGCUCCAUCAAGCACGCGAGGUCCAGCGUCGAAACCUCCAGCACAAGACGAACACCAAUCAAGCGUACAGGAGGACCUCAUAGAUAUCCUUGACCAAGAUCCACUAGAUCUUGACGUCCACAUCGACAUACCAACGGACCUGACCCAGGAACGCCCACGCGAAGGAGACACCCUAGGAUUGCUGGAACACCGACUUGAAAAUGGCGUUUUCCUAGGCCGGCGAAUGAUCCUGAUCAUCCUACGCGCAUUUGGCGCCUGUUGCGGGCCCGACGAUAUCAUGGAGGCCUGGCUUCGCAUGGAGAGCAUAUGGCAGCCCGAAAAGCGCAGGGGGACUGAUGUAAUAGCCGUCAAGGAGGAACUGGAGCUGCAACUGAAUAGAGCCCGUCGCCGCGUCGGUCCGGGAUUGAAAUAGCAUUUGUGUACAUUAAACUCAUUGUUCAGCCUCCAUCCAUGCGAGCUUUUAUAUAUUGUUGCUCAAAUGAUCCUGUACUUUAGCGUUAGUAAUAGAUUACAAUAUUAGACUUGAGAUACACCUU